AUGGCGGAUCCGUACAAGAUUGCCACUUCUCAAUAUAUUGUUCAAUCAGUGUCAGAGACUGCUAGUGGUGUGAGUGGAAAUUUAAGAUUAUUGGAUGGGACUGGAGGUCCUUAUGGGAAGGAUAUUCAAAAUUUAAAGUUUAAUAUUACCUAUGUUUCGGAUUCAAUUCUUCGUGUAAAAAUUACUGAUUUGGAAGGAAAGAGAUGGCAAGCAGAACAAUAUGUGUUAAAGAAGGAAGUCUUGUCGAGGAGGAUUUCUGCCAAACAAUCCAAAAAGUAUGCAAUUGAAGUUGCCCAAACUGGUCAAUCGUUUUAUUUUACAAUCAAUAGAGUUGGAUCAAGUAUUCCUGUAUUUACGACAAAGGGUUUGCCAUUUGUGUUUAGUGAUCAAUAUAUUUCAAUUGGUACCACUUUGUUCUCCACUCAAACAGGUGAUGCUCCAAAUAUUUAUGGUUUUGGUGAGAGAAUCGACAGAAUGAGUUUGAAUAUCACAAAUAAUGAAUACGUCAUGUGGAAUAAUGAUAAUGGUAAUCAAGAAAAGAUGAAUCUCUAUGGAUCUCAUCCAUUCUACUUACAAGCUGGUACUUAUUCAAAUGCUCAUGGUGCCUUCUUGCUCAAUACCAAUGCUAUGAGUGUUAGAAUUGAAUUCAACAAUAAUGCAAAAUAUAUUCAAUAUCAAACUAUUGGAGGUAUUUUGGAUUUCUACUUCUUCCUUGGUCCAACUGCUGAACAAGUUAUUCAACAAUACCACUCAAUUAUUGGAAAGCCAUAUUUGCCUCCUCUCUGGUCAAUGGGGUUCCAUCAAUGCAGGUGGGGUUAUAGAACUCUUGAUGAAGUGCAAAAAGUUGUUGCUGGAUACGAUGCCAACCAAUUGCCACUCGAAGUCAUGUGGACUGAUAUUGACUACAUGUACAAGUAUUGGGACUUUACAUUUGAUCCAGAUCGUUACCCAAUCAAUGAUGUUAGACAAUUCGUUACCAAUGAGUUGCACAACAAGGGUCGUAAAUAUGUUGUUAUUGUAGAUCCUGGUAUUCCAAUCCUUGAUUUGAAUAAGGAAACUUAUGAACCAUUAGAGUUGGGUCUUUCUUUGGAUAUUUUUGUUAAGGGUGCCAAUAGCUCCAAUUAUGUGAAUCAUGUUGUUUGGCCUGGAAACUGCUAUUUCCCUGAUAUGACUCAUCCAAAGUUCAAGAAUCAAUAUUGGAAACCAGUAAUUCAUGGUUUUUUGAGUACAAUUAAUCUUGAUGGAUUGUGGACUGAUAUGAACGAACCAGCAACAUUGGACUUUUUCGUUCCUGCUCAAAAUUCAUUGAAUUUCCCUCCAUUUGUCCCAGGUGGAGAUAACGAACCUCUCUAUCACAAGAGUAUUGACCUUGACUCCCAAAUGAGUGCCAGUACACAUUACAAUGCUCACAAUUUAUACGGAUUUUUAGAGUCAAUUGCUACAGCUGAAGCUUUGCAAUCUUACUAUGGAAAAAGAUCAUUUGUCUUGUCUAGAAGUAGUUAUGCUGGUAGUGGAGCCUAUGUUUCUCACUGGACAGGUGAUAAUGAUUCUACAUUUGAAAGUCUUAGAAGUUCAAUUCCAUCCAUCAUCUUGAAUGGUAUGUUUGGUUUUGCACAUGUUGGCUCUGAUAUUGGAGGUUUCAAUCAAAACACAACAAAGGAGCUUUUAAUUAGAUGGAUGCAAGUUGGAUCCAUGUAUCCAUUCUCAAGAAACCAUAAUGCUAUUGGAAAUCGUCCUCAAGAACCAUUUGCUUUCGAUCAGGAAACAACUGACAUUUCUAGAAAAUUCAUUACCAACAGAUAUAGAUUAUUGCCAUACCUCUACACCACAAUGGCUCAAGUCAGUAUGAAUGGAGGUUUAGCAGCUCGCCCACUCUUCUUCUCAUUCCCUAAUGAAAAAAGUACAUACACCAUUGAGGAGCAAUUCAUGUAUGGUGAAGCUUUGCUUGUUUCACCAGCUCUUUACUACUCACAAACAGUUGUCACAGCCUACUUCCCAAAAGCAGUUUGGUAUGAUUUCUUUAAUGGAAAGUUACAAACCAAUACUGGUGGAGUGACUAUUCAAUUACCUGCUGAUCUUCACACAAUGCCUAUUUCAAUUAAGGGAGGAAGUAUUGUUCCAACUCAAACACCAGGUAUGAAUACUGUCCAACAAUUGUUGAAUCCAUACCAAUUGAUUGUUGCUCUCGAUGCAAAUCAAACUGCAAGUGGAAUGUUGUACUUGGAUGACGGUGAAACAUUAGAUACCUUGGAAGAUCAACUCUACACUACAAUUCAAUAUUCAGUUUCAAGCAAUUCAAAGACUUACUCCUUUAAAGGUAUUCCAACCAAUUUGGGAUACAAUAACGCCAAACAAUUAAUUCUCGACCAAGUGAUCAUGUAUGGUUUGAAUAAUGGAAAUAGUGUCAAUUCUGUUAUUGUUAAUGGAGCUGCCAUCAAUACUUUCACUUUCGAUUAUUCUGAUAGAGUUUUAAAGAUUGUUGGCCUCAAUCUCUCCAUCACAUCAAUCCUCAAUGUACAAAUUAUCAUGACAUAA